AUGCCUCGAGAUCCGAAAGACAGCCACGUUUCCAAUUCCACCGGAAAUAUCGGCAGCGAUUUCGGAAGCAGCUCCCCCAAUUACACAGUCACUGUCCCUCUGACGCCCGACAACACUCCGGAUACUGUUCAAAUCGUUCCCACAGACAUCGAUUCCGGUUCAUCUUGCAAAGACGGCGACUCGGAGCAAACCGAUCCGAGAAACGGUGAAGAAUCCGAUGCCUUGCUCGGAAAGUUAUCUCGACCUUUGACCCGUAUCGUCAAAAUAUCUCCGAUCGUCAUCCAUCUGUAUCGGACUCUAAUAUUUGUUCGAGUCGUAGCUCUGUGUAUGUUUCUCGCAUGGAGAGUCAGAAACCCAAACAAUAAAGCAAUCUGGCUAUGGUUCCUCUCUGUAAUCUGCGAAUUCUGGUUUGCAUUCUCUUGGUUAAUCGACCAAAUCCCAAGGCUGUUUCCGGUUAACCACGGAACCGAUAUCGAAGCCUUAAGGGAGAGAUUCGAAUCGCAAAACCCGAAUAACCCAACCAGUAAAUCUGAUCUUCCUGGAAUCGAUGUCUUUGUUUCAACCGCUGAUGCAGAGAAAGAGCCGCCAUUGGUGACAGCCAACACAAUCCUUUCGAUCUUAGCCGUUGAUUAUCCUAUUGAGAAGCUCUCUUGCUACAUCUCCGACGAUGGAGGAUCGCUUCUAACGUUUGAAGCAAUGGCUGAAGCGGCAAGCUUCGCCAAGAUUUGGGUACCGUUUUGCAAGAAACACAAGAUCGAGCCUAGGAACCCGGAGAGUUACUUUGGUUUGGAGAAAGAUCCUUUCAAGAACAAAGUGAGACAUGAUUUCGUCAGGGAGAGACGGUAUGUGAAACGAAGCUACGCGGAGUUCAAGGUUCGUGUUAACGCGUUGUCUCAUUUCGUUAGACGGAGAUCAGAUGCGUGUAACAGCAGUGAAGAGACUAACGCUUUAGAGAAAUGGAAUAACUGGAAGUUGAAUGACCAAGACGAAGAGUCAAGACCUUCUAUAGUAGCUCAUAAAGCUACUUGGAUGAGCAAUGGAUCUCAUUGGCCCGGUACUUGGUCUGUCCCUUGUGCAAACCAUUCAAAAGGCGACCACGCUAGUAUUAUACAGGUGUUGCUUGAUCAUCCUGGGGAUGAACCGGUUAAAGGAACAGGCGGCGAAGGGUGCGAGCUGGAUUUUGAAGAAGUAGACAUUCGUUUACCGAUGCUUGUUUACGUGAGCCGAGAGAAACGGCCUGGUUAUGACCAUAACAAGAAAGCAGGAGCUAUGAACGCUUUGGUGCGAGCAUCGGCUAUAAUGUCUAAUGGACCGUUCAUCUUGAACUUGGACUGUGACCACUAUGUCCACAACUCUAGAGCCUUUAGAGAUGGGAUCUGUUUCAUGAUGGACCGUGAUGGCGACUGCGUUUGCUUUGUUCAGUUUCCGCAGAGGUUCGAAGGAAUCGAUCCUUCUGAUCGCUAUGCUAACAACAACACUGUUUUCUUCGACAUUAAUCUCCGAGCUCUCGAUGGGAUCCAAGGUCCGAUGUAUGUAGGGACGGGAUGUCUUUUCCGUCGAACCGCUCUUUACGGUUUCGACCCGCCUGAUGUUUCCGUGAGAGAUCAACGGUCUGGUUGCUGCGGGUGCUGUUUCCCGCAGAGGCUGAAAAGCAACUCCGCAAGAGUAGCUUCUGAACCGGAGUACUACAUGGACGACGACGAGGACGAGCAUAUCUGUCUGAUUCCGAAGCGAUUCGGUUGCUCGAGUAUCCUUGUGAACUCGGUUAAGCGCGCAGCCUGCACGGUUCAGUCGAGCGGACCGGGACGCCCCGUCUGCCCUCUUGGCUCCUUGACCGGAGGCCGCAAACCGCUCGAUUACGCUGCUGUAAGCGAGGCGUUCAACGUGGUCUCGUGCUGGUACGAGUACAAGACUCAGUGGGGAAUGAGCGUUGGGUGGGUCUACGGGUCCGUAACCGAAGACGUGGUGACCGGUUUUCGAAUGCAUGAGAAAGGUUGGAGAUCGUUCUACUGCGUAACAGAACCCGACGCGUUUCGAGGAUCCGCGCCGAUAAACCUAACCGAUCGGCUCCACCAGGUUCUCCGUUGGGCCACUGGAUCAGUCGAGAUCUUCUUCUCCCGUAACAACGCUGUUUUAGCCGGCCGAAAACUGAAACUCCUCCAGAGGAUCGCUUACCUCAACGUUGGAAUCUACCCGUUCACAAGCGUUUUCAUCUUAACAUACUGUUUCCUCCCGCCGUUAUCUCUCAUCUCCGGUCAAUUCGUCGUCGAUAGCCUCACUCCAGCGUUUCUAAGUUACCUUCUGGCGAUCUCGUUUUCUAUCUGUGGAUUAGCAUUUCUUGAAGUCAAAUGGUCAGGAAUCACUUUGGAAGAAUGGUGGAGAAACGAGCAAUUCUGGUUAAUCGGCGGCACGAGCGCGCAUUUAGUAGCUGUUCUUCAAGGCCUUCUCAAAGUUAUCGCCGGAGUCGAAGUCUCCUUCACGUCGACUUUGAAAUCUUCGACGGGGGGAGGAGAUGACGAAGACGACGAUUUUGCUGAGCUUUACCUGUUUAAAUGGACGUCUCUGAUGAUUCCCCCGUUGACGAUCAUAAUCUCGAACAUCGUGGCUAUUCUUGUCGCGUGGUGCCGAACGAUUUUCAGUGAUAAUCCACACUGGAGCAAUCUUGUUGGUGGGACGUUCUUUGCGGUUUGGGUCUUGGUUCAUAUGUAUCCGUUUGCGAAAGGAUUGAUGGGAAGAACAGGGAAAACUCCGACAAUUAUUUAUGUUUGGUCGGGACUUAUCGCCAUUUGUUUGUCUCUUCUCUACGUUGCCAUUAAGAACUCGGAGUUGAUGAAGGAGAGUUUCAGUUGA